UAAACAUGGACAACACAUGGCCCUGGUUGAUUUUCACAGUUUUAAUUUUUGUUGUCUCUUUAAUCUACAUCGCCUUAAAAAGACCGGCUUCUUCUUUUCCAUCUUCAAGGAAAGCUUCGGUAUUGGUUGUUGUUGGUUCGGGAGGUCACACUAGGGAGAUUCUAACAUUAAUGAGUGGUUUGGGCGAACACUAUACUCCAAGAUAUUACGUCAUGGCUACCACCGACACCAUGAGUGAGGGCAAAAUACAGGACUUUGAAAGCAAGAAGGGCAAAGACAAUUCCGAAAAUUUUAAAAUCUACAAGAUUCCACGUAGUCGUGAAGUGAAGCAGUCAUGGAUAACAACUGUUCUGUCGACAUUACAGGCCAUGCUGGUCUGCUUUCCACUAGUGUUCAGACUCCGGCCAAACAUCAUCCUCUGUAAUGGUCCUGGAACCUGCAUACCUCUCUGUACAGCUGGAUUCCUUCUGAAGAUACUUACUCUUGGAAAGACACAGAUAAUAUACGUAGAAAGUGUGUGUCGUGUGGAGACCCUGUCUAUGUCGGCCAGACUGCUGUACUAUGUCGCUGACGAUAUAUUCGUACAGUGGGACCGUCUACAGAAACGCUACCCCAGGUCUAAAUACAUUGGUCGCCUGGUGUAGUGUUCGUACAGUGAGAGAUUCUACAGAAACACUACCCCAGUUGUAAAUACACUGGUGCCUGGUGCAGUGUUCGUACAGUGAGAGAGUCUACAGAAAUGCGACCCCAGGUGUAAAUACAUUGGUUGCCUGGUGUAGUGUUCGUACAGUGAGAGAUUCUACAGAAACGGUACCCCAGGUGUAUAUACAUUGGUCGCCUUGUGUAGUGUUCGUAAAGUGAGAGACUCUACAGAAACGCUACCCCAGGUGUAAAUACAUUGGUCGCCUCUUGUAGUGUUCGUACAGUGUGACCGUCUACAGAAAUGCUACCCCAGGUGUAAAUACAUUGGUCCCCCCUUGUGGUGUCCGUACAGUGAGAGAUUCUACAGAAACGCUACCCCAGGGGUAAAUACAUUGGUCCCCUCGUGUAGUGUUCGUACAGUGGGACCGUCUACAGAAAUGCUACCCCAGGUGUAAAUACAUUGAUCCCCUUGUGUAGUGUUCGUAAAGUGAGAGAGUCUACAGAAACGCUACCCCAGGUGUAAAUACAUUGGUCCCCUCGUGUAGUGUUCAUACAGUGGGACCGUCUACAGAAACGCUACCCCAGGUGUAAAUACAUUGGUCCCCUCUUGUGGUGUUCGUACAGUGAGAGAUUCUACAGAAACGCUAUCCCAGGUGUAAAUACAUUGGUCACCUCAUGUAGUGUUCGUACAGUGAGAGAUUCUACAGAAACGCUACCCCAGGUGUAAAUACAUUGGUCCCCUCGUGUAGUGUUCGUACAGUGGAAGAGUCUACAGAAAUGCUACCCCAGGUCUAAAUACAUAGGUCACCUCGUGUAGUGUUCGUACAGUGGGACUGUCUACAGAAACGCUACCCCAGGUCUAAAUACAUUGGUCGCCUGGUGUAGUGUUCGUACAGUGAGAGAUUCUACAGAAACACUACCCCAGGUGUAAUUAGAUCCAAUUACUAAUUAUUCAUCACAAUAUUCAUCACAAUACCAGACAUAUCAACAGUGAUUCAUUCCAUGUGCCUUACCAUGUAAAGAAAAUAAACAAAACCUAGCAUCAUAGACACUUCAUUAUAACAUACUGAAGAUGAUAUUUUUUGGGCACAGCAGAUUCUGUGGUGUGAUUGAUCUCAACCUUUUUGGAGAAUAAAUGAGAGCUGUUCUUUUU